AUGUCAACAACCCAAACCAUAUUCGCCCUACGGGACCUCUCCUCCCCAGCAGACUCCCAAGUCCACCUCAACCCCAGCAAACCCUCCUUUCCACCCUCGCAAGAACCUGACUCAACCGGCCUUGGAGACUCCGAGCAGCCACCUGCUGAUGCAGUAGAAGCCAUCCCAGACGGCGGCUACGGCUGGACCGUCGUCGCAUCCUGCUCCUUCCUCCUCUUCUGGAUCAACGGAUACACAACUGCAUGGGGCGUCCUCCAAACCGCCAUUUUGAAAUCGCCUGCGCUAAACACCAAUCUGCGCACCAUCACUUUCGUCGGCAGUUUGUACAUGGCUGUCAUGGUCGCUUUUGGCAUCGGGGGGAUAAGAGUUAUGAGGUCUUUCGGUGUGCGAUACACUGGCCUUGCUGCGACGAUUCUUUUUGGAAUGAGUCUGGUUGCUACGAGUUUUACCCUGGAUCAUCUCGGCGGGUUGUUCUGUAUUGCGGGGCUGUCGAUGGGCGUGGGGACGUCGCUGUUGUAUGCGGCGACUAAUAGUCUGCCGUUGCAGUGGUUCAGCUCUAAGCUGGGUAUUGCCAAUGGCGUCGUCAAGGCUGGUGGUGGUGUCGGCGCAACGGUGCUUCCGCUUGCUUCGCAGGCACUCAUCGACAAGUUUGGACUGCAGUGGACGUUUCGCAUAUUGGGCAUCCUUAUUAUGGCGACUGGGAUUCCGUGUACAUUGGCGUUGAAGGAACGCGCGACCACUGGCACGCUUUCGCGGUUCGAUUCGUCGCUGUUGAAGAACGUCCCUUUCCUCACGCUGACCAUGGCCGGAGCAGUCGCCGUCUUCGCACUCUUUGUACCACCCUUCUUCCUACCGCUUUUUGCGAGCUCGAUCGGUCUGUCAGCUGGAACUGGUGCUGGGCUAGUUGGUGGAUUCGGUGCCGCAACAGCAGUCGGUCGUAUCCUAGGCGGGUGGACCUGCGAUAAGAUCGGGGCCUUCAACACAUUGAUGAUUACCUGCCUGGUCAACUCGGUCAGCAUGCUAGCCAUCUGGCCGGUCAGCACCUCGUUGGCUCCUCUGUCUGUCUUCGCUAUCGUAAACGGUUGUGCGAAUGGCAGCUUCUUUGUCAGUCUGCCGGUUGCUGUCACAGUCGUCGCCCCACAUUCUGCAGCCGCGUCCAUCGCUCUGAUGGUCUUCUUCUGGACUCCGGGUUAUCUUCUCGGCGCUCCCCUUGCGGGCCUAUUGAUUGAAGCGACUGGUGCGGCGGACUCUACGUCGAUUGGACCGUACAGGGCUGCUAUCUUUUACGCCGCGGGCACGGGUGCUCUCGCCACUUUGCUUGUCCUCGUUGCGCGCCUACGUUUGGACACCAAGGUUCUGAAGCGAUUGUGA